UCGGAUUCUUCUUCUUCUCCCAUAAACGGCUCUUUACUCUUCUCACACGCGUCGUCUUUCCAUCAAUCUUGAGACUUUGAUGGACCAAUCCGCGCCACCUUCUUCAUCUCCCUCCAGCAAAGGGAAGUAGUGAUGCCUUCUGCCUCCAACAUGCUUCUUUUUACUUUCGCUUUUGACUCCUUUGUCCCAAGCUUUACAGAGCCUGGCCCGGUACAGAAAGGAGGAGUUUGGAAUCCCAUAGCAUCCUGGUCACUACAGAAUGGGAAAUAAAAAUAGUGCUAAACCACCAACUUCAUCAACAGUCCCUACAUCAAAGUCUGUAGGAGGCAUGAUCCAGGACCUUCAGGAAGACAUCAAAUGUUCCAUCUGUUUGGAAAUCUUCAAUAACCCUGUCUCCAUAGAUUGUGGGCAUAAUUUCUGUCAAGACUGUAUGUUUACUCACUUGAAUAAUUCUCCACAGUCUGAGUACAAUUGCCCUGAAUGCCGCCAUACCUGCUACCCUCAACACAUGAAGCCAGAUGCCCGGCUGAAAAGUUUGGUGGAAAAAAUUUCACAGUUUCCUCAUCUGGAAGAGGUCAACAAGAAGAUGCCAACACCUUCAUUGGAAUUGGGGCAGCCAGUACAGCUAGUAGGUUUGGAUGAAAAUGGGAGUCUCUACUUGGAUACAGAGGCCCUGAGUAGUUGCUUAGAGCAGGAAGAGGUGAAAGAUACUCCCAUCUGCUUGAUUUCCAUAGUUGGGGAACAGCGACAGGGUAAAUCUUUCUUGUUAAAUUUCCUCCUACGGAGACUUAAAAACUUGGCUGUUACAGAUAACUCUUGGCUGGGCCAAGAAGAUGAGCCAUUGACAGGUUUCGAAUGGCAUCCAGGAAUUAAGAGCAUCACCAAAGGGAUAUGGAUAUGGAAUCAGCCAUUUUUGGUCCCUGAUGAAAAUGGAAAGGUAGCCUUGUUUUUGAUUGACAUGGAGGGCUCAAUGGAUAUAGAGAGAAGCAAGGACAAUGGUGUCAAGCUUUCAGCUUUCACCAUGCUGUUAAGUUCCUAUCAGAUUCUUAAUUUAUCCCUUAACUUGAAGGAUCCAGACCUGGAAUACAUGGAAAUGUUUUUGUACAUAGCGAAGUCUGUGGGCCAUCAGUUCAAGCUAAAGCCUGUUCAGCAUCUUGAUCUCUUGGUUCGUGACUGGUUCUAUCCUCCCACCUAUGGAUUCCAGGGUGGACAAGUUUAUCUCCAUGAUAUCAUCCAGAAGCUGGAGGGUCAACCCAAUCGGUAUUCACGAUCCCUGGAAAUAUUCAAAAGCACCAACACUUCUUGUUACCUGAUGCCCUUCCCUGGCAAGGCGUUGGUGAUGGGAACUGAAGGCACCAUAGCAGAUAUGGAUGACGAUUUUAGGGGAUUCCUGAAGGAUUAUGGGAAUCAUAUUGCCAGAUCAGCUGGAAUGCAUGUACAGAGAAAUCAGAACAACGAGCCUCUCACCGGGAUAGAACUUGCUGAUAAGAUAAAGGCUUUGUCAGAACUCAUGAAACAAUAUCACACUGGUUUUUCCUCACCCACAGAGAUGAUCUAUACCUUCAACCAGAACAACAAUAAAAUGUUCCAGAUGAAAUUUAAAAAGUUCAUCCAAAAGCAGGAUGAAAUCUCACGUUCAAUGUUGGGAAGCCUACGUGUGUCCCCAAAUUCGAUGACUAAGCGCUUAAAGGAGAAGCAAGAGAAACUGCUCCAACAGUUCCGAGACUCAUUUCAGGGUGAUGAGCCACAUCAGACAGAAUUUUUAACUUGCCUGGACUCAUACCAGAAGUGUGAAGCUAAAGAUUUCUUGGAAGAUUAUAGACGCCGCUUCAAAUCCUCUGCUAUCAAAGCCGGAGUAGCCAUUGGGGUGGGUGCUGUGGGGUUAGCUGGUGGAGCUGUUGGAGCUGGUAUAGCAGCAGCCUUGUUGGCAGGGGAAGCCAUUGUGCUGGGCACUGGUGCUACUUUUGCAAUUGGGACUGUGGCUGGGGCAAGCACAUUUGGACUGAUUGGGGGAGGAGUGGGAGCUGGUGUGGGGAGCUGCAUGUGGGAUUCUAAAGACAAUGAUAACAAGAAUGAUAAUGAUGAGACAGAAGAAGAACAGGAGGAGGAAAAUGUGUCAGAUGAGAAAAGUCUUAUUAACUGA